AUGGAUGUUUCAUGUGAAAUCCGUGCAGUUUUAUUGGUGUUGUUGAUUUGUUCCUCGAUUCGCGCCGGUAAGUAAUUCAGCAUCCUAAAAAAGAGCAGUUUAUGAGUCUGAAAUCGGGGUUAUCACGAAAUACUGACCCUGUUUGGCGUAUGUUCUGGCCCUCAAUAUCAGCUCCACUAAAAUACUCUUUGACACUACCAAAACUGUUAUAUUAAGUAAGUUUCAAAACUUGAAGACAUCUUUAACGUGUAGUCAUGUAGUAUAAACACCCAGACAGACGUAUUUAGCGUGUGACCUCAGUACUAACGUCUUCUGUUAAGAGUGUCGUUCAGACCCGCUUGACAGACGACUUAAACCUCUCAGGUGUUUUUAAAAAUGCGUCUAGUCAUAAAAAUGGGAAGCUGUACAUUGGAGCACAUUUGUGCUCAACUCGUUCUCUUUUCAGAAAACUCUGCUUUUAAUUAAUUUCAUGCGUCCCGUUUUUUACACCAUGCAGAUGACUUCAAUGUCUCGGACGUCAAAUUCGUCUAGAUGACUGAGUCUUUUAUAGCCCAGGAUGAAAAAGGCAAACCAUUUAUGACGAGGCAAAGCAGACAUAAUUCUAACCAAUGUAACAGUUGUGCGACAAUGAAAGAUUCAUCAAAAAAAGUUUUAGUUUGAUUCGUUUUAGCCAGUCUUGAGGCCAAUUUAUUGGCGAAAAUAUACAUUUAUAUGUAUUAUGAAGCUAUGUCGUACUAUAUACUUUACAAAUUAAUAUAAUGCAUCUUUUGUUCUGUAGUGCAAGCGGUCGGGAGAUUACUUUAAGUUUAGUCCAGAUUAAAUUCUUGUCGAACAUACUUUGGUUUUUAAUAAAAGAAAAAUUUUCAUAUCUGCACAAAUAGUUAUUUAUCCCGGCAUAUUCAUUCUGUCAUUGUUAGACAAUAAUCACCGACUUUGUCUUGAAUUUUCUCUAUAUAACGUUGCGCCCGUCAUUUAAGUUUAGUUUGUUUUUUGUUGUUGUUGUUACUUUUUAUAAUUAAAGAUUAUGUGGCACAUUCAGAUGGCACUGAAAAGAGCAGCCAAACAAGUAAGUGUACCUUAAAGUUUAAAAAAUACUUUAAGUAACUGGUCAUCAGUGUAAACGCUCAGAUUUAUGUAAUCCCUCAGCUGGGUAGGUUCAUUAGGCAUCUGGCAUGUGUAAGCUGUACUUGGAACUAUGAUUGAAAACAACAAUUCGGCCCAUGUAGGAUUUAUCUUGGAUGCUGGAUUCCUUGCUUUUCAUUCCAGCGUCGGGAUUUCUUGCCAGUGGAACUUGGAUCCCGGAUUGCGUAAUUCCGGAUUCCAAAGCCUAGGAUUCUGGAUUCCACAAGCAAAAAUUUCCCGGAUUCCAAAAUAUGGAUUAACUUACGGGGACGGGGCGAAACAAUUUGUGACGGUUGGUUGACGGUGGUAAAGAUAUCAUAAUAAUUGUGAUGAUAAUGGUGAUAGACCUCUUCUAACCCUCUUGUAUUCACUUGGGUCUAUGUGUAGCAAAUGUGAGCUAUUACAGGAAGUAUAGCAAUCUUUGUUAAACCCAGUUCUUGAGCUCUAACUUCCCAUACAUAUAUCUAGCCGGGUUUUUGAAAACGUCACCGCCAAAUGGACCUUUUGCGUCCAACAGUUUUUUUUUUCGGCCAAAAACUAUCUCCAAAGUAGCCAUUAUGAACAUUAAGGGUGCAGCCAUUGCUUUUUUCUCUUCUCCUCCUUUCUUCCUCCUAGCUCUUUCUUUUUCUCCUUUCCUCCUCUUCGUUAGUGUGAUUUUUGAGCUUAUUGGGCCCAAAUAGCCCGAAAAAAAAACUGUUGUUCGCAAAAGGUCCAUUUGGCGAUACCGUUUUAAAAAUCCGGCUACAGUUAUGUACCUAUUGACUAACUUUUGUUUUUCACUUCAGUUGCUUUUACUACUUUGAUCGUGUUUGGUGUAGUGUUUGCCGUUCAGGUCAUUGUGUUCAUGCUGUUUGCUUGCAAAGCGUGGGAUGCUGUGUACGGGUAAGGGUUCUUUACUGGUUGACUAAUAACACCCCUAAUGCUGAGUCUAAUAUAUUACAGUCCACGCACUCGUAACAGAAACCUCUAUAAGACGGGUACUUCUGGGUCACCUCAAGCUGUGCACCCAGAGUUGGUCGGGGGGGGGGAUCUACGAUUUCUUGGGGGGUGGAGGGGGGUGGUUGUGCAAAACUAAGGAAUAGCGUACCUGAUUGGUGACGUAAACAAAUUUAAAAGCGUAUACGAAGGAGAAGGCUUUAGGUUGGCAAUAACAUUAUGUGAACUGCUGACAAUACAUAUCAUACAUAUCUGCACAUUUUUCAGAAUAUCAGUUGUAUUAGAAAGCCGCAGGUCAUCUCAGAGAGAGGGGGUGCCCACCCCCUGCACCCCCUCCCGGAAUCCGCCCCUGAGUUGGACCCUGUUUUUCCUUACUCCCUUUAUUUGACUCUCUAUAAGACGGACAUCUCUCUAAGAUGGACACUGUACUUAGUGCCGGUCCCAAAGGUCUCCGUCUUAAAGAGAACUGACUAUAUAUGGUUAGAUUUGACCGUGGUUACCGUGGUCACGUUCGCAGCUAGACCGUUGGAAGGGAGCAAUGCAAAGCCUGAGAAUAUGGAUGAAACCCGUUAAUUCUACUGUAGAUAGGAGUGGAAAUUACUUCCAGCUGAUCACGGGUAGUAAUGAUGAUCGCCAUAAUGAUGCGGAUAUUGAUGACUAUGACCAUGUUGAUGUUGAUAAUGAUGAUGAUGCUAGUGAUGGUGAUGUUGAUGAAGCAAAUAAUUUUAAUAACAAUAAUAAUUAUAAUAAUAAUAGUAAUAGUAAUAAUGAGUACGACCAGAAACUCAUAAGGGGUGGUAAGCCAAUUUCCUGCUCAGUAUUUCGAUAACCUUGAAAGCUCACUCGGCUUUUGGGAGUUUGAUGGUCAGUUAUCUUUUCUUCUCGUUCCAAAUAUGGUAUUCUCGAAAAUGAAUAAUCAUAAGUAUCGGACAACGCAAACAUAUGAGAGUUACACGUGUCAACCCCUUGUAAGUUUUUCGUACAACACACUCAUUGUUAAUAAAUAUCCAAUUUCUUCCACUUUAUUUCCAAACUAAGUUGCACAUUUUUGAGUCUAGAAAGCGUGGUGCUCAUCAAAGCAGAUGCUGCUGUCCCGCUUCUAAAUUCACCAGGUCGCCACAAACAAAGGGUACUUAAACUACUACGAAAUAACUUAUUUACCACUGUAAUUUCAUUUUGCCUUGUAGAUCUCGCUCAGUAAGGGCGGACCCCGUAAUGCAAGGGGAAAACGAUUUUCCUUUCUUACCAUCUUACGAUAUGGCGAUGAGUAGCCCACCAGUCAGGCAACAGUCUGUACAAUCAGUCGCGGGAAAUGCAAGUAUAGAUAACGGAGUCAUUGUGGACAUGACAAGACUCAGUGUAGACCAAGUAACCCACAACCGUCACGAUUCCAUAGACUCAAUAGGUUCUAAUGAGCAUACAUUGUCAAGGAAUGACAGCAUCGACAACGGCGUGGUGAUGGAGAUAGGGAGACUUAGUGUGAACACGAGCUAAGUAAGACGGUAUCCAUUGA